UGCGUUGCCCCCAGCUCUCUCCCCAUCGCCGCUCACAUCCAUACAGUGUAUAACCCAUCAUGGUGGAUCAGUUCGUGGGUACCUGGAAGCUGUGUGACAGCCAGGGCUUCGAUGAGUACAUGCAGAGUCUGGGAGUUGGCUUUGCCACAAGGAAAGCUGGUGCUAUUGCCAAGCCAAAUGUGAUCAUUUCUAGAAAUGGUGAUGAAAUCUGCUUAAAAACAGAAAGUACCUUGAAAACUACGGAGAUGAAGUUCAGACUUGGAGAAGAGUUUGAUGAGACUACAGCUGAUAACAGGAAAACAAAGACUCUGGUAACGUGUGAUGAAGGUGUACUAACACAGGUGCAGAAAUGGGAUGGCAAAGAGACCACUAUCAAAAGGGAACUGAAGAAUGGGCAGCUGCUGGUGACAUGCACCAUGGGAGAUGUGAAGUGUGUCCGCAUGUAUGACAAAGUGAAGGUUUGAAUUUCAGUCAAGAACUUAGGCUGAAACCGGAAAACGGCUUAGUUCAAUGAGCAUCGCUCAGCUACACUACUGACUGUCUGUUUUUAUUCCUUAAUCAGAUGAACUCCACUAUUAUGUAAAAUGAUGCAUGGAAACAGUGUACCCAAUCUGAACCUGCUGUAUACUGUUUUCCAAAUAAAAUCCUCACACCCCUG